AUGACAGAAGACGCGAAACAUGCUCGUUUCGGCGGCGAGAGAGAAGAAAGAAGGAUUGAGCGAAAUCGCGUGCUAACAAUGAAAUACGGAAAACAGCAAAUGGUUUUGAUCAGGAAAAGAAUGCAGAUCGAAAAUUGGAUUGAAGAAGAGGUGACAAAACUUUUCGCGGGGAAAGACGAUAAUGGAAUCGAGCUUGAAUUGGAUGAGUUACUCGGCUUGGACACAGCUUCGAUUAGGAGGAAAUUUGUAUAUGACGAACUCCAGAAGCAUUUCUGUCCCGCAUCGAUGGAUAAAAUCACAAUUUUUCUUGACGACUUAAUCAAACAAAUGGCCACAUUG